CCGCAACUUGGGCCAUCGCGAACACUCCCGUUUAUACUGCCCCCCUAUUGAUCGCGUCGCUCACGGCCCUCCCUGUGUUUCUUACUCGUGUUCAAGCCUUGUCAUGGCCACUAUGUCAACUCCAGACGAAGAGACACCCGUUCAGCCGACUGAAGACGAGUCGUCGCCACCUGAAGACGCAUCGCCCUCAACUGAAGACGCCUCUCCUCCUGCGGAAGAUCAUCCGCCUACAGAUGAUCUUCCACCUCCUGCGAAGCAUGCGCGGCUUGAUGCCGAACCGCGAAGCGUGCUGACCGUGCUGUCCGUGCCAGAAGGAUUGAAGUGGUGGCGAGAAGCCUUCUUCGCCCCUCCAACCCAAGGCCUCGUGGUUCAUAGGCCUUUCUUCGAGGAGGUGUGGCCUUUUUGCGACAAUUUCUGGUCGAAAAGGAACACCAACAACGUACUCUCUACCGGUGAAGUGGUGCAGAGAUAUCGGUGCCGGCUCUGGCGUAAACAGGCCGUCUCGUCAGGCCAAGGCCUCCGCAACAGGAAAGUCGCGGUUGCUGUCGAGUGCCCUGCUACCUUGAAGAUUACCUUCCGCGGCCCGACGGUCAUUCUUACGGGGUCGUCGACUCUCCAGCACAACCAUGGAAUGGAUCAUAUGGAUCGGAAGAAGCGCAACUCUGCCUUGCGAAUGAUCGCGGCGAGCGAAAAGUGCAAAGACGAUGCUGCAGCCGAUGUGUUCCACAGACUCACCGACGGCGACGAUGAGGCGUUUCGACAGAUGAUCAUUGAUGCUGGCGGUGCGCAUCUGCAACGAACCGACAUGCAUAACGCGCGAAAGAUAGCGACCAAGGUCAGAAUUCGGCCACUCAGUGAGUUUCCAAAGGAUGUUCCGCCUCCACCGCCGCCGCCGCCAGCACCACCGCAUGCCAAUUUCCGCCCGACUGCUGUCGGCGCACCUUUCGUCUAUUACCCAGCCCAACCACCGCCGCCACCACUGCCACAUCAACAUCCGCCACAGCAUCCCCAACAAUAUCCACAACAGCAUCCACAACAUCGCCCGCCACAGCAUCCGCCACAAUAUCCACAACAGCAUUCACAACAUCACCCGCCACAGCAUGCACAACAUCAUCCACAACAGCAUCCACAACAUCACCCGCCACAGCAUCCACAACAUCAUCCGCCACAGCACCCGCCGCAGCAUCCGCCGCCGCAACAACAGCAUUACGCUCCUCCAGCUUCCCCUCCCCCCGAAACGGGCGGUGAGCGAACGACGAAGCAUGCCAUGAUGGACGUGCUGCGUCAACUACAGCAUCGCUAUGAAGCCCUUGAGAGAGAGCUGAAGCGUUCGGAUACCCACCCUGCCUACCAAAAUGCGGUUCUUGAUCGCUGGGUAGACAUGUUUACGAAGGCCAGUGAUGAGAUCAAAGCCCAGACGCUCCAUGAGCUUAGGAAGGACCUGCUUCCGUUACCACCACCGCCUCAGACCGCCGGUGAGCCCAAGGGCCAGGAGAGCGAUUCGCAGCGGAUACCACCGCUUGCUGAUAUCCUGAAGCGCACUACCACCGCCAUGGAGGAGCGGUAAGUGGAGAGGGAAGACGAUUAGCAGGCAGUCUGCUUAGCGACAUCGAUGUUGAUUAGCGCUAUUCACGAAUCUGUUAUACCUGCAUUUUCAGCUCCAAAUGGUGUAUUCUAUCAAUAUCCUUCAAGGUACCCGUUGCAACCGGGGACAAGGCAAGAGAG